AUGGUGGAUAACAAUUGUAUUAUCGAGGGAAACGUCAAAUUUCGCGACGGCAAAAAAUGGAAAUCAAGAUGGUGUGUCAUGAGGAAAUUGUCACCAGUUGCAGAUUGUCUUCACUUGCAACUUUACGGAGAUAGCAAGGAUCGAUAUAAGCAAGGUCAAACGAAAGCUUCAUUAAGUUUGCAACAUUUCCUCGGUGUGGAGAGCGGUUUCACUCUUGACAAAGAAUCCAAUACAAUAGCUAUAAUAUGCCAGGAUGUGACGGUUGUUUUAGCUUUCGACACUAGAGAACGAUUGAUACAAUGGCAGGUGAAAAUCUCCAACAAUUUGGGCGAAGAUCAACAGUUCCUGAUACUGAUCUCCACGGUUCCAUCGAAAGCGAAGCUUACAAAUGGACCAGCGCAUUUACACAUUCAGGAUCGUCGCUUCUGUAUCACCGUCGGGAUACCUCCCAGAUUAGUUGGUAUAUGGGAAAUCGCGCAUCUUCGACGUUACGGAGUGGUGGAAGGGCGAUUCUGUUUCGAGGGUGGUUCGAGAUGUGGUCGAGGGGAAGGUCUUCAUGUUUUGAUAACAGAUCAAGGAGAAGAUAUCGUGAAGAUGCUGCAAUUAGCAGCAGAAGGGAAACUGACAAAAAAGCGACCGGUUAGCCGAGAGCAGAUAACACAGGACAGUCCGCGUCGUCAGUUUUCCCGAUCGGAAACUAGGGCCAGCGAUUUUUUCCCCUCGGCUGUUUAUUCGUCUACGUAUGAAGAGCAGUGCGACAGCUGCAAGAACGAGAGCUCGCCCUAUUGGUCGUCCACCGAAAGUAGGCAACAAACUGAACUCGACAGGGAUUACAGCAGCAGAGACACCGUCUCCGUGUCAGAAUUGCCUGAUCAGCCAGGGGAAUGGCGCAGCUGUUCUCUCACUCGUCAAGGAACAUCCGCUCUCGAGCGCUGCGCUAGUUGCAUCAGCAAGCUAGGAACCGUAUCGAAAUCCUCGACUUUAGCCACGACGAUUGGCGCAAGCAGUAUAAGCAGUCCAGCAGGAACGAUGAACAAUAUAGGUUGUCAUUUGCAACCACGCACGCUCGAUCGAUUAUCGUUAUCCUCGUAUAGUAGUAGCAGCCAUGACAGCGAUUAUUCCAGUUCACAGCAAGUGGAAUGUCACUGUUCGCAAAAUUCAAAGAAUUCGCAACAAGCGAGUGUUCAACGCAUGUCGCCAAGUCCUAGCGCACUGCCACCGAGACCUCCGAAACCGUCCCAAAGUACUGCCACGAAGAAGGUUAAGAAACCUCCAAUGCCACUGCCAAAUGAACAAGUUUGCGUGCACUCGCGUAAGCAGCAGCUGAUGAUACGAAAUGCAAAUGCUGCUGCUGGUCCUUAUGAAAAUUAUGACGUGCCCAAGACGAUUUUGGGCCAUCACAUGCUGUUGGAACAGAAUUCCCAACCGGAUCAGUAUUACGAUACGCCAAGGAAAAUCAAAGAAUGCCUAGCACUGCCAAAAACUUAUCCUAAUUACGAUACACCGCAGGCGCCUCAAGCUGUGGUGUUGCAACAAUGUGGUUGCCCGGCUAAGCUCACCGUUCAAUCCCCCAGAUCCUCGGGGUGUCCCUGCCAAAACGUGAUGAGUUGGGCUGGUUUCGUACUGCCAUAUUGCAGACGAGGCGCAGGAAUUGAACCAACCGGGGUUGCCGUACAUCCCGUGAAGCUUUCUGGAGAAGGAAAAAUGCCUGUGGUAAACGCGAGCGGAGAGAUUGCGAUAUACGCAACAGCGAAACGAGUGAAAAAAUCGGAAAACGUCGAAGAUAAAGACAAAGAUAAUUGCGAAUGCCCAGAAAAUGUAACCAACAAUUAUGAAAACGUUGAACCUGUAAUCGAUACGCAACCCGAAUCCAAACAAGCAAAUUACGCGAACAUAGACUUUACUCAGUCCCUGGAGCAUUAUGAAAACAGCAAAGACCUUUUAGCAAAGAGUGGAAUAUCGCAGGAAGAAAUGGAAAAGUUUUCCGAUCAAAUUAAGGACGAUACACCUGAACCGCCCACAGAAGAUUCGUCCAAGAUAUGUCAGAAGUGUGGUCACGUUAAGGACCGGGAGAACGACUACUUAGUUAUGGAUCUCGAGAAACAAACGCCAAAGAAACCGUUCCCUGGCUAUCUUCCAAUGCAGCCAGCGCACAAUGCCUGUUCGAAAGAAAUUUUAUCCAGAAUCUGCAGCGGUAUAAAAAGCUCGAGCAACCCUGCAUUGUCAGGAUCUGCGUUAUCGGAGGGCGGCAAGAAACGAUCCGAUUCCGAGUUUCGCGUUCCAGGUUCGGCGAUGUUGUCCAGUCCAUAUCUCAGGCGUCGUUACCUGGAUGGAAACGGUGCAACAGAAUCCAAUGGGAACAUUGGUAUGCUGUUGAGAAAGCGCUCUUAUUCUGCGGAAUCUGCUCACUAUUUGGACGACGAGAAUCACACUUUUCCGUCAACGUUGACCAUUCACAAAUGUUCUAGCGAAGCGGAUAAAGCUUCUCUGGUCAGAGGAGAGACGCACUCUCCGUGCGUUAACUCAGAGACCAAGAUUAAUCAAGAUAGUGGGCAAAUGUCGAUAACCUCGCCUCAACCAACGUUCAUAAAAAUUCGACGGUCCUCUUCCGUUCCAUCUAAGACUGGUCACAACCGAGACUCCUCUAGUAGCAACGAUUCAGGCGUUUCUACUGGAUCUCUUAGUCACAGAACAGCGGAAUUCGUAGAAUUCGAAUUAUCACUGGCGCCUUCGACGUCGACGAGGAAGCAGAAUGUAUUGUCUGUUUAUAGAAAGAGUCCACCGCCUACGUGUUAUCAUAGCAGCCUACCGAGAAAAUCCAAAUCCAGUGAUCCACUUCGAGAAUUGUCCUUUCAGUUUCAAAAAAUCAAGAUCCCUACGAAAUCCUCUUCGGCGGAAGCUGACAUUCCGACGUGUUUACCCAAACCCGCGAAAGGAUACAAUAGUCCAGGGGAAGUGUCCAGUGCUCCUUACAUCGACUCACGAAGUACAAGCAGCGGUACAUCCGAUAUGUCCGAUUAUAUCGAGACAUUGUCGUUGUCGUCUCACUCUUCAUCCGAUACACCAGACAGUCUGAGACUGGGUGGCAGAGCAGUGGCAACGACGCUUCGUCCUCGUAGUGGGAUUGAGCAAGGAAGAACGUUGACGACACCUUCCGCCAAUUACGCGAAUAUUACGCCGGUACUUGAGAAAAGCGAGUCCCCUUCCCCUGGAUACAUGAGCAGCUCUCCCUUUGAACAGCCACAACCUACUCGCGAACACUUUUUGUUUCCCGAUGAAGCUUGAACGUAGCAACAUUGUUUGGGAAGAGAGCGGA